AAGAAACUCGUCAGUUAUUCGUUAUCUGAAUUCUUUAUCUUUUGUAGCUCCGCCUUAUACAUUGUGGGUUUGUUUCAAGUUGCCAUCGUCGGGGUUUUUAUUUUCUAAUCUCCGCCCUCGUUGGAUCUAUCGCACUCAUUUGCAUUCAAAUCGUAUCUACUGUACGCACUUGCUUAAUCCUCUACAGUCCACCACUGUUGCUAUCCGUCCUUCUCUUCUUUUCUCUACUCGAAUGAAGAGCUUCCUUAGCAAAGUCAAGACCGUUUUCGGUAAAAAACAUCGAGAUGGCCCUACAUCACCAACUACUGCUCUUGCCGCCUCUGUAGUUGCUCCUGCUCACCCCAGUAACCACUCAUUACCCACUGUUGCAUUGGAUGCUGAUACUGCUCCAAAAACUGGUGAUGUUUCUUGCGCUGUUGACUCCACAUCUGCCGUGCUGGAUUCCGCUACUGCUACCCCGGCUGCUGCAGUCGAAUCUAUCAAGGCUGCUGUUGCAGAUGUUAAGAUUCCAGGCAUGGAAACCAAGCCUGAAGGCGAAAGCAAAUCUAUUGUUGCCGAUAUAAUUGCAGCUCCAGAAAAGGCAGUCGAAUCUAUCAAGGCUGCUGUUGCAGAUGUCAAGAUUCCAGGUAUGGGAGCUAAACCCGAAGGUGAAAGCAAAUCUAUUGUUGCUGGACUUGGUGUUGCAGCAGCUGCAACUGCGACUGCUGCAGCGGCAGCUAUUGGUGUUGCAAUCCCUGGUAUGAAAAAAGAAUCAACCGAAACUGUUGUAUCUGCAGCUGCUGAGACUGGCGUAGAACCUGCAUUAGCAAGUUCAAAAGCUGCUGCCACUUUGGAUGCAUUAAAACCUCCAGUUGCAAAAAAGAUUCCAAUUCAGCAUGAAUAUCAUGGAGUUAAAUAUAGCGAUGAUUAUCACUGGCUUAAAGACCAGUCUCCCAAAAACAAGAAACCAGAAAUUAUUGAGUAUUUAGAGGCUGAAAACGCUUACUCUAAAGCUUUCCAUUACGAUAAAACCAAAUCUUUGAGUGAGACUCUGUACAAAGAGAUGAUUGCCAAGAUCAACGAAAAUGAUUCCUCUGUUCCUGUUUACAAAGCACCCUAUAGCUAUUAUAGUCAAGUUGUUCAAGGCCAGCAGUAUCGUAUCUUUUUGCGUAAGAAGGAUACUGCUGAUGCUGUCGAAGAGGUUUAUCUUGACCAGAACAAACUUGAAUUUGAAUAUCAGUUUAUGGGUGAUGUUUCCGUAAGCCCUGAUCACAAGACCCUUGCCUAUGCACUUGACACUACUGGCAGUGAGCACUAUACUAUUUUCUUCAAGGAUCUCGAGACCGGAAAGGCUCUCACGUCUGAAACUCUUGAAGGAAAGUUUGGUUCUUCCAUUGAGUGGGCCAAUGAUAGCAAGACUGUUUAUUUGACAACUCUGGAUGAUAUCGAUCGAGCUGCCAAUGUUGUAGCAUUUACGGUCGGUGCUGCGUCCAAAAUCCCUCGCUUGGUGUUCCACGAACCCGAUUCCAAGUUUAAUGUUGGCAUAUCCAAAACUACGCGUUACCUGUUUAUCUAUGCUGUUUCUGGAGUGACUUCUGAAGUAAGCUACAUCGAUCUUACCAAGGAGGGGUCUGCGCUAAAGACUUUUAUGCCUAGAGUGAACAAACACAAGUACAUUAUUGCCGAUCAUGGGGAAUAUUUUGUUAUCAUGACGAAUAUGGGUGGAAAGUGUCUCAACAACACGCUAAUGGUCUGCCACGAGAGUAACACAGAUGCAUCUGCAUGGACUGAACUGACGCCUUAUGAUCCUUUCCGUAACAUCCAAGAUGUGUUAUUGUUUAAGGAUUACUUGGUCAUUCGAGCCAUUGUGGGCGGCUUUGAGAAGAUCAUUGUUACACCUAUUGCCAACGGAAAACUGACAGGAAAACUGGACCCCAUUGCUAUUGAGCAUGCCUUGUAUACUGCAAACUUGCACUCAUUGUCCCAUCAAAAUACAAAAUCCAACACUGUUAGAUACGAAAUAUCUACCCCGCUUAUUCCUAGCCAAGUAUGGGAGUUUGAUAUGGCGACUGGUACAAGCACCCAGCUCAAGGAAGUCAAGGUUCCUGGUGAAUUUGAUUCUUCGUUGUACACUCUUGAGCGUAUCUAUGUUCCUAUUCCUGAGACUACCAAGACAGAAGCGCCUUUUAACACUCCUACACCCGAAACUAUUCCUGUAUCGAUCAUGUACCGCAAGGACCUGUUCAAAAAGGAUGGUACCAACCCUUUGCAUUUGUAUGGAUAUGGUAGUUAUGGUAUUUCGAUUCCUACUGCAUACAGUGCUAUUCAAUUCCCGAUUCUUGACCGUGGCUAUGUCUAUGCGAUUGCUCAUAUCCGCGGUGGUGGUUCUUGCGGCAAGGCAUGGUACGAGACGGGUAAAUUCAAGAGCAAGCGAAAUACGUUUACAGAUUUUAUUGCAUGCAGCCAAGAACUGGUUAAACUUCAGUACACUCAGCACGAGCUCAUGUCGAUUGAAGGGCGUUCUGCUGGAGGAUUGUUGAUGGGGGCAGUGGUGAAUAUGAAGCCAGACAUUGCGCAUGUUGUGAUUGCAGGUGUUCCUUUUGUUGAUGUCAUCAAUACCAUGAUGGAUCCUACGAUUCCGUUGACGAUCAAUGAGUAUGAGGAGUGGGGUAACCCUAACGACAAGGAAUACUUUGAGUAUAUGCGUUCUUAUUCACCCUAUGACAACAUUCCUUCUGACAAGCAGUUCCCGAAUAUACUGGUUAAAGCAGGAUUGAAUGAUCCUCGUGUUGCAUACUGGGAGCCAGCGAAAUGGGUAGCCAAGAUGCGUGCGCUUGAUGUAUGCCGCGGCAAGACUCAGAUUCUGCUUCACUGCACGAUGGGAGCGGGACAUUUUGGAGUUUCUGGUCGCUAUGCACGAUACAUGGAAGUUGCCAGUGAUUUUGCAUUCCUUGUGGAAUGUAUGGAUACUCAGCGUCGAGCCAAGGGGCUUUUAGCUUAAAGCAUGUUAAGCGAUGUGGAAGCAUUUAGAAUGACUUGAUGGUGCUCUUGCUGUACUAGUCGAUCUAGAUGGUUCACUUGAACACCUGGUCUCACCUGCUUUCGCUGAGUUUGUCAUGUUCUCGUUUUUUUUACUUGUCCUAAACUAACUGUUCCAAUCUGCUUUUUCUACCUUUGCUCUCAAAAAACACGUUUUUUGAUCGAGUGCUGUUUAUUAAAAGAUUGAGAAUAAACCAAGAACAAGAACAUCAAAUUAU